AAUGCGUAAGCAGGACACGCUAGGCGCUACAAACUUCACUUUCCAUGGAUGUUUGUCAUGUUUUGAAGACUGAUGUUUGUUAAAAUUACAGCAGAACAGUGAAGGGAGUUCUCUCGGGCGCUUAGCAGGAGCUCAGAUAAGGUGUCCUUCAGCAUGUCAUUAGUUUAAGAUAAUUAAAGUGAUGUUUUAGGGCAAUGGAGAGUGAGCAGUCAGGAGCAUUUGGAGGCGGCGGAGAAGAUUCAUCAGGCUCCGACACGCUGUCAGAGGGCGAGCCGCAUGAAUCCCAGUUACACUUUGAGGAAUUUAAAUGUCACUCCUCCGAUUUUGUAGGUCUUGACGAAAAAGUGAAGGGAAAUGAUUCUGAUGAAUGCAGCGACGAGAUAAAAGCGAGAAAUGGGGAUCACCAAGAAGAGGGAGAAAAUGAAGAGGACGAAAUGCCGGAUAACAUCCUCUACCCCCCCUCGAUGCCCUUCCGCAAGUCCAGCAACCCAGAGGUUUCUCAAGGCUCCAGUUUAGCGCUGAAAUUUAAACGACAACUCGGUGAAGAUGGCAAACAGCUACGGAGAGGAAGUCUAGGGGGCGCUCUAACAGGGAAGUACCUGCUGCCAUAUGCCUCAACCCAACAGACAUGGUCAGCUACAGGCUCAGAGACCACCAACCUGGUGCGCAUGCGCUCACAGACCCUUGGCAAAUCUGCACCCUCUCUCACAGCCAGCCUGGUCCGUAUACCACAAAAAAAGUUUAACCUGAUAUCAUGUAGUAGAUUCCCCACUCAAACACUAGGGAGCACUGCUGCAUCACUUACACUACGAAUAACAUAUUUUGACCUGUUCACUGUGAUAAAGAACCCCUUAAUUUCCAUAGAGUUGAGUUGA